AUGGCCAGAGAAGCCAGUAGCCUCCAGGGUGCCACCCAAACCAAAUGGUUUGCUGCGACUUUGCGAUGCUCAGCGUGCUAUACUGUUCACUAUUGUCAACAAGAGCAUCAAAAAAGUGACUGGAAGAAGCACAAGAGCCAAUGUUCCAAACCUUAUGAGGUCCUUGAGGACAAGGUGGUGGGCAGGUACAUGAUUGCCGCUAGAGAUUUGAAAGCCGGCGAUGUGAUAUUGCGAGAAAAGCCUUGCAUUGUGGGUCCGAACUUGGAGAGCUCGGAUUUCAUUUGUGUGGUGUGCCAUCGAGUGUUGAAAACGAAACAUUUUCUAACCUGCAAGCUAUGCAAAGUGCCUGUCUGCAGUACUCCGUGCAGUGAGAGUGAUCUCCAUCGAAACGGGGAAUGCAGUGUUCUGAAGCAGAAGCCUUUUGGUUUCUACAGUUCAUUCAACGCCCAGAGUCAGCAGGUGAUCCAUAGACCUUCAGCCUCCGUGGAACACGCAAACUUUCAACUCAUCAUCCCGAUUCGUGCCAUUCUUUUGAAGAUGAAGGAUGUGAAACAGUACAAGAGGUUUAUGGCCUUGGAAUCUCAUGUGGAAUCGAGGGAAGGGACCGACGCCGAGGUCAAGGCGGAUGAGCGGGUGUUCCGAUUAUUGGAACAAUUCCGUUUACACGAAGCGGGGAAUAGACAGUUGGUUCAGAAGAUCUGUGGCAUCUUUGAUACCAAUAGUUUUGAUCUCGCAAUCCAAGAUGGAGCCAAAGGAAUCACUGGAGUGUACUUGAAUGCAGCCAUGAUGAUGCAUUCAUGUGUGAAGAACACGAGGAUCGUCUUCAGCCAAGAACACAUCAUGACCAUUUACGCCCGAGAGACCAUUCACAAAGGCGAUCCCAUCUAUCACAGCUACACGCCAAUCCUCGCUCCCACCACCUUACGUCGAACGCUCUUGUUUGUGGGCAAGAAUUUCAGUUGCGAAUGUCGGAGGUGCACGGAUCCAACGGAAAUGGGAUCGUUGGCCUCAGCUUGGCUCUGUCAAAAUCCCAAAUGUCAAGGGGGCGUGGUUCUGCCCGAGAGCCCGAUUGAUCUCACCUCACCUUGGUUGUGCUCCACGUGUCGCGAAAAGUCGUUUGCUGAUGGAGAGAUUGUCAUGGCCGAGAGGAAACUUCGAUUGGAACUUGAUGCCCUGAAACCACAGAGUAGCAUGUCAGUCCUGGAAGACUUCCUAGCUCGCUACCAGAAUGUCCUCCAUCCUCGAAAUGCCCUGCUCAUCGAGGCCAAGCGACUCCUCUCGAUCGGUUAUGGCCGAUUCCCUGGCUAUCUUUAUCCUCAGCUGUCAUCGGAGCAAUUGGAUCGAAAGGUCGCAUUUUGUCGCGAGGUCCUCGCCAUGGCUCGAAUCCUAGAGUCUGGGAUCGCCACCCUGAUCGGAAUGGCUGCCCACGAAUUGGCCCUAGCACUAGCGAAGCUGGUCCAGCGGAACCCGAAAAAGUUCAGCCCUUCGGAGAUGUCGGUGGAAAUCGUGAAUCUGCUUCGCGAGAGUGUUUACAUUUUCUCGUUCGAACCCCCGGACUCUCGUUAUGGUAUUUUGGGGCAAACCGCGCGGACGGAAUUGGGAAAUUGGGAGAGAGAGAGCACGCCACACAAGAUAAUUUAGAUCUAACCAAGAAUUGGAUGCGUUCAAGCGACGCAUCAUUCCCAAAAUUUGAGACCCACCCUUUUUUUCGAGGUUGCUCAAUGCGUGCUUAUCGUAUAAAAACUUAAAAUAUACUGCAGUUUGGGAGACAUCGAUCCCAAUCGAAAGUGAUCCGAUUUCCAA